UCUGUAAGCCAUGUAUAUAAACAUAUAUAGAUUGCUGGAUAAUAUUGCUGCCAAACACAGAAGCAAUAACAAGAGUGUGAAAGUGAAAAAUGGCUUUAAAAAUUUAUACGCAUCCAUUAUCUCAGCCUGCUCGAGCUGUGAUCAUCUUCUGCAAGCUUAAUGGAAUAGAAUUUGAGGAGAUUGUGAUUGACUUGCUUAAGGGACAGCAUAAAUCUCCUGAAUUCCUGGAAAUUAAUCCUGUGGGGCAAAUUCCAACUAUUGUUCAUGGAGAUUUUAAGCUAUUUGAGAGCCAUUCAAUUUUGAUGUAUCUUGCCUCUGCUUUUCCUGGAGUUGCAGAUCAUUGGUAUCCAGCUGAUGUUCAGAAGAGAGCCAAGAUCCAUUCUGUUUUGGAUUGGCAUCACUCCAAUUUACGUCGCGGCGCAGUUAUGUACGUCUUACAUUCAUAUCUAUUUUCUAUAUUUGGCAAGCCCCUGAACCCACAAGCAGCUCUUGAAGACGAGAAAAUUCUAAACUCGUCUCUGUCAAACAUAGAAUCGGUUUGGCUUACUGACCACGGACCAUUCUUGACCGGUAGAGAUAAACCAUCCAUAGCGGAUCUCAGCCUUGUUUGUGAAAUACUAGAACUCGAGGUUUUGGAUGAAAAUGAUCGCAAUCGUAUACUGAAGCCAUACCCGAAAGUUCGAAAAUGGAUUGACGAUGUAAAGAAUGCGACGGGACCUCAGUUUGAUGAAGUUCAUCAGACCAUGCAUCAGUUCAUGAAUGAUCUGAAGCAGAUUGAAUAAGGAGAGGCUUAAUUUUGGCUUUGGAUGAAAACAGAAUUGAGAACUUUUAUGAAUUAAGAGUCUUGUUUUUGUGUGUUGUGUUAAGCAUUAUCAGAUUAUUGUUCUCUUGGAGCACUAUUCGAAGUGUGUUUGAAAAUGAAUAAAAACAUGUUUUUGCUGUA